AUGGCGGAGACAGGGCCUAAGCUAGGCCGCACUCGCGCAUCUGCUGCUCGCAUGGCCAAAGCAGAUACCCUUGACGCCGGCAUGGACAGGAAGCCCAUCUCCCCGCCAGCGUCCAACUCGCCGCCCCCAAGCCAUGGGAUCAAGUCCAAGUCGGCACACAGCACAGCUCGAUCUACCAGACAGCGCUCCCGGACCGGCUCUGAACCGGUGAAUCCAGAUGCCUUGGCUCGAGCGCUGCAGGACUUUGAAGAUGCCGGCCGCCAGCGUGAGAGUACCCCGGGCAGUAGCCCAAGCCGGAAACGACAAAGGGUUUAUGGUGACAGAUUUAUCCCUAAUCGUGAAGGACAAGACCUGCAGGCUGGGUUCAGCCUGCUUCAUGAAGAUGGAUGUCCAUCAACACCUUCAAAGACAAAGAAAAAGUCAACGCACGGCGAAAUCCAUUCACAAAAGACGGAGGAAGCCAACCGAACAUACUCCAGAGUGCUGCGUAAUGAGUUCUUUGGCUCUACAAUCCCCCAACCUGAUAUACAUUCCCUCUCCCCUAACCCACUCCCCGGACGCUCGAGUGCUUCUCGGGAUUUCGCCUCUAAUACCCCUCAGUCACAUAAGCUUGCUAUGUCCCUGCCCCCGGCCAGCAUCACGCCUUCAACCCCUAGCAAGAAUCUACUCUCCUACACGUCUCCCAGGAAUGCAUCCGGAAACCCUACCCCUUCCCGAACACCCCGCAGCCAGCAUGGCCCUAAUUUCGACGCCCGCUCCGAGUUGUACAGCCUUUCUCCCAUCCGAUUUGACAGCCAACAAAUCCUCCAGAGUCUCCGAAAACAGCCCAGAUAUGUGAACAAAGUGCCCUUCAAGGUCCUGGAUGCUCCUGAUCUCACAGAUGACUUCUACCUAAACCUCGUGGACUGGGGUAGCAGUAAUAUAUUGGGAGUUGGACUAGGAUCCGCUGUCUACAUGUGGGAUUCUAUUAAUGGUCAUGUUACAAAACUUUGUCAACUAGAUGACGAUACAGUGACCAGUGUCAAUUGGAUCCAACGGAUUUGGGAUGCAGAGCAUUGUCGCCGAUUACGGACAAUGACAGGACAUACUCUCCGUGUUGGAGCACUAGCUUGGAAUGACCAUAUUCUCACGUCAGGGUCCCGUGAUCGCCUAAUAUUUCACCGAGAUGUUCGCUCUCCCGACCAAUAUCUCCGCCGACUUGCAGGGCACAAACAAGAAGUUUGUGGCCUCAAGUGGAACACAGAUGACGGUCAACUAGCAUCUGGAGGGAAUGAUAAUAAACUAAUUGUUUGGGAUAAACUGAACGAAGCACCCUUAUACCGAUUUACAGACCAUACUGCUGCCGUCAAGGCCAUCGCAUGGUCUCCUCAUCAGCACUCACUCUUAGCCUCCGGAGGAGGUACAGCGGAUCGCACAAUAAAGUUCUGGAACACGUCAACAGGCUCCCUGAUAAAAGAAGUCGAUACUGGAAGCCAGGUCUGCAAUUUGGCAUGGUCCAAGAAUUCGGAUGAGAUUGUCAGCACUCAUGGGUACAGCCAGAAUCAGAUCGUGGUUUGGAAAUACCCACGAAUGGAACAGGUCGUCUCGCUAACUGGCCACACUUUCCGAGUCCUCUAUCUCGCCAUGAGUCCCGAUGGCCAGACAGUUGUAACUGGUGCUGGCGACGAGACUCUGCGGUUUUGGAAGAUAUUCAAUAAGAAGGGCCUUAAACAACAGGACCGUGAGAGCAAACUGGCUAGCUACACGACAAUACGGUAG